GUUAUGGUCAAUGAUUGACAUCUAUUUGGAACAGGAAGAUGGCGGCGGGCAGAGUGUGGGGGCGGCUCGGGGCAGUGUCCGGGGCUCUGGCUGUGACCGCAGGAGCCUACGGGGCGCACGGGUUCAGACGCAGUGAUCGGGAUGAGUACCUGAAGGAGCUUUAUGAGACAGGUAAUCGGUAUCACUUCCUGCACAGCCUGGCCUUACUAGCCGUACCGCACUGCCGGCGCCCCCUGCUGGCUGGAUCUCUCCUGACAUCUGGAAUUGUCCUGUUCUCCGGUACCUUCUAUUACCAGGCUCUGAGCGGAGACCCCACCCUGACCAAAGCAGCACCAUAUGGGGGCACGCUCCUCAUUCUGGGCUGGGCAGCCAUGGCGCUGUAAGGAGCUGAGGAGCUAUAUAUCUGUUCUGCAUGUCAUUCCAUUAAAGGAUUACCACUGGGA